AUGGCGACCAAGACGCCAAGUGGGUUUUGCAACGAUGUUAACACAUUUUUGUGGUAAGUUGACAUACACACAAAACCUCUAAAGCGUCGGUAGUUGGAUGAAAAUAAUUUUAAAUCAGUCCUACGUUGGCUCUACGUUUAUACUCCUAGUAUAUGCAUGUAAUUAUGCCGGCCCUGGCUAACUUUCGCUCCGGCGCGAAGCAUCUUGCCUUUGCAAAAGGCUUGCGUUUAAAAAUUUUAAAAAAGAAGACUUAAAUAUUGUUUAGCCUCGGAUAGAAAAAAAAAUUAGACUUUAUUUGCUACCAAAAGUAGGAAACUCGCCUCAUACUAGAUAUUUAUACACAUUUACCUGAAGUAUAUAGCUAUCAGUUCUGCCUCCAAGCUGCAUGUAGACGUCUUUUGUUUUUUUACUAAUACUCGCACCAUCCCAAAUCGCUUUUUCAAAGCUGAAUAAAAGCAUGCCGUUUAAUAAUAUUCACACAAGAAUAUAAAUGCCCGAUCAAUUUAAGCAUCAAACAUGUAUAAAGAUUCCACUGAAAAAUGCCUUUCAAUCGGCGUACUUGUGCAUUGAAAAAAACAUUCAACAAAAGGUCCAAACGUUUUUACAAUCCAUUUUUUCACAAACGGUUAACCUAAACAAAAGAAAAAAGUUAAGAUUAAACUUAAAAAACCCACACAAUGCUGAUAUAAAGAAGUUAUUUUUGCAAGUCAAUGAUCGAAUCCAUGAAACUUUAAAAAACAUGACUAAAAUAUCUUUAAACAAGAAAAGUAUUCGUAAAAACAACAACAAUCGAUCUUACCCUAUCACCUUUGUAGUUUGUAAUGUUUUUCAACCCGAAAAUAAUCGUUUCAUUUCAAAAAAAUCUCCAAAAGUCGAACAACUGUAAAAAGCUUGAAAGCGUUCUUCCCAAUAGUUCAAAAAGAAUGCUCAGUUCGAUAUGCGCACGCAUGUGUCAUAAUUAAUAUUCAAUUUUUGCACUUCCGGAACAUAUGAAUUAUCUGUCAUAGUCUAUUUGCCUUGGAAUGCCGCGAACACAAAAGUCAAAAGCUUUUCCCCACAUUUUUCUAUUAAUUAUUACAAAAUAAAAAAACAAGAUUAGCAUGUUGCUGUCAUCUGCAGAACAUUUUGUACCUCGACCUAACCCCCCCUCCCCCCCCCCCUUGAUGGUGAUUGAGUACCUACCAAAUUUGGAGAUAUUUUGUUCUACUUAAAUACCAACUUGAUUAGCCGUAUGUCAAUGUUUCAUGAACACAGAUUUAUGUGCUAUAUGCAUAUCCCUUUACAAGUGCCGACAGCGGGUGACUAAUUUACGGUAAUAAGUAAUUUUCAUAUACCUUUUUUUCAGGAUAAUUUCGAACUAUAAGUAUUGCAUAAAUGAGAUUGUGCCUAUAAAUGAUAUAUUGAAUGCCGCUUUAGAGGAAGAAGUAAAUUUGAACGCGAUCUCGUUAGGAAUGCUAAUUCAAGAUGUUUGGGAAGGAAAAGUAAAAAAACAAAAGAGGGAUCACGGUUCCAGGUUUUUAAACUUAAAGAAGCGUUCGAUUAACGGAAUACAUAGAAAUAAUACCACAAUUCACGAACUAAACGAUACAACAAUUGAAAACAUCCGUUUACUUUGUGGUGAUCGACCUGGUUGGAUUCUCAAUUCCUCCCUCGCCUCCACGAAAUCAGUUACAUUGACGCAUCUUCUAAAUCCUGAUCGUAAUGAAGGCGUCACUAUUGAUGGGCACCAUCUUACAUUGGAACUGAAAAUAGAUAUGACAACAACACCCACAAUCACCAUCAGCACAUGUGGUAAAGAAGUAUCCCUUAGCCAAAUCAAAGGAGAAAGUAUUACCAAAAUUACUCUACAGUCAAUAGACGAGGCAAUUUGUCUUCUCGAAAAUGCAUCGCCAUGCAUAGGACAUGCCAUAUGCUCCGACGAUGAAAGUGAAUAUCUUAAAUUGGAA